GGAUUAUGUAGUUUUUGAAAAGACUGAUCCAUCCAGUCUUGAUGUACUACAAUCAGCCUGUCCUCAACACACAGUGAUGGCAAGUGAUGGAAGCCUACCUUCAGGCCCCAUACCUGGGGUAUCAUAUCCUAUACAUGUGAGGUACUGUGGGAAUUGCAGCAUGCCGAUUGAGUACUGUGAGUACUAUCCAGAGUAUGAGAAAUGCAAGAUGUGGCUAGAGAAAAAUCUCCCUGCAGAAUUUGACAAGCUCCUUAGAGAAGGUGAAGAAGGUGCGGGAGGAGAGGGAGAGGAGAAAAAGCGUCAAAAGCGUGGUGGAAAGGGGCUCUUGAAGGCCAAGAAGAAAAAUGAAGGACCUAGAGCCAUUAAACUAUCCCGUGCUCCUCGUGGCAAAAAGAAAUCUGUCACUGUGAUAGCUGGUCUUCAUACUUUUGGUAUAGAUUUGAAAGAGGCUUCUAAGUAUUUUGCUACAAAGUUUUCAUGUGGGAGCUCUGUGACAGGAGAAGACGAGAUCGUGAUUCAAGGUGAUGUCAAGGAUGAACUCUUUGACAUCCUCCCAGAGAAAUGGCCUGAUAUAGAUGAGGACCUCAUAGAAGACCUGGGAGAUCAGAAGCGAUGAAUCUCAGUCUCCUCUGCCUGCCUCAAGUUCCACACAUCAAACAUGGUUUCUUGUCAUAUUGAUAUGUUGGAAAUUUCAUCUUCAUAAGAAAUAAAGUCUUUGUGUUUAUG